AUGGCUUCAGAUGGGCAGCAAUUCCCUCCUCAGAGGCAGGAAACGCAGCCCGGGAAAGAGCAUGUCAUGGAACCUACUCCCCAGUUCACAAGCCCACACUAUAAGCCCUCUGAUAAGCUCAGAGAAAAGGUAGCGUUGGUGACUGGUGGGGACUCGGGGAUUGGCCGAGCAGUGUGCCACUGCUUUGCUCUGGAGGGAGCAACCGUGGCCUUCACGUAUGUGAAGGGUCAUGAGGACAAAGAUGCUCAGGACACGCUAAGAAUCCUCAGAGAAUCAAAGACCCCAGAGGCCAAGGACCCCAUUGGAAUAGCAGCUGAUCUUGGCUUUGACAUAAACUGCAAGAAGGUUGUGGAUGAGGUGGUCGAGAUCUUCGGCCGCAUCGAUAUUCUCGUCAACAACGCCGCUGAGCAGUACAAGACCACCACUCCCACUCUGGAUGAGAUCACUGAGGACCGGCUCGAGAGGGUUUUCAGGACCAAUAUUUUCGCUCACUUCUUCAUGGUCAAGCAUGCUUUGAAGCAUAUGAGGCAAGGGAGUUCCAUAAUAAACACCACAACAAUAGUGGCAUACAAGGGAAGUCCGGAGCUGUUGGAUUACACGGCCACAAAAGGUGCCAUAGUGGCCUUCACCAGAGGACUUGCACUUCAUCUGGUGGAGAGAGGAAUUCGUGUUAACGGUGUAGCUCCCGGGCCGGUAUGGACUCCGCUGAUUCCGGCCUCUUUCAGUGAGGAGGAAACGGCAAAGUUCGGCUCAGAAGUUCCCAUGAAACGAGCUGGCCAGCCUAUUGAGGUUGCACCUUCAUAUGUUUUCCUUGCCUGCAAUCACUGCUCUUCUUACAUAACUGGCCAAGUUAUCCAUCCUAAUGGUGGGUUGCUAUUUUCUACUCAUGUAAUUUGUAUUACUCUUGGCAUUGUAGCGUUUUCUACUCAUUCGUUUCUUGGUUGUGUUGUUUUGGCAGGUGGGGCUAUAGUUAAUGGUUGAAGACGUCUGCUAAGAGUUUCUUAUGCUGGUUUGUGGCAU